ACACCGCGUAUACUCGUUUGCCUUUUAGUCGCACUCGCAUCUUUCUCCUAUUCCAUUUUACAAAACAAGAGAGACAAAAGAAUAGGUCAGAAGACAUAUUGAGACAGACGCCUUCGAUAAAGUUCCAAGCAUUUCUCUAUCAGACACGACAAAUCUUCAGCUUCUUCUUCUUCUUCUUCGUCUGCUCCUUUUUAUUUCACAGCUUAGUAAUAAACGUGGAUUGGAUCAAUCUCUUUGAAUCCUAAUCAAAUUCGCCUAUUAUCAAUAUUUUAGGAUUUCGGUUUUAAAUUUCCGAGUUAUUAUUUUUUUUAGGGUAUUUUAUGGAAGGGAAAUAGAUUCUUCUUCUUCCGUAAUAAAAAUCUGUAAAGAAGGUACGAUUUAUUAAUUUGAUGGGAUAUUUCUGUGAAUUUUUUUUAGGGUUUCUGUCGAUUGAAGCUUUUUUAGAAUAUAAUUUGUGAAAAAUAAAUCUUUAGGGUUAGUAUAUAUUUUUGUGGGUAAUGGAAACUUCGAAUAGCAGUACGGAUUCGUAUAGGAAUUCGUCUAGCAGUAGUAGUAAUAAUUCGAGAAGAUUUGGGAUGCAAUUUUCUGCUGCGAAUUUUAUACAAGCACCUUUGUCGGCGUUAUUGGAAUAUUCUGGAGUUUUAAGAACUAGGUCGAGUCAUCAAGAAUCCGAGAGUUUGAUUAAUGGAAGUCCUACAUCUGUUUUUCGUGAGAGAAAUCAGAAUCGGUUAGAUGAUUCUAUUGGCCCAGUUAGUGGGGAUGGGGAAGUUUCGAUUAGGAUAAUUGGUGAACAAGAUAGAGAAGGUGGUGAAGAUGCCCUAUCUGCUGACCAGAUUACUGGCUCAUCAUCAGCUGUUGUGCUGGAACGGCAGGGGGGUAAUGUGGGUAAUGAUGGUGGUGGAGUUGGUGAGGGGUUGGCAUCUUCAGCUUCAAUAGCGGGUAGUAAUUCUAGUAAUGAAACCACUGAUGGGGAAGCUGGUGCUGGUGUUGGGGGUAAUAAUAGGGACUCGUCGUACCAGAGAUAUGAUAUUCAGCAGGUUGCUAGGUGGAUUGAGCAGGUUUUGCCCUUCUCUUUGCUUCUCUUGGUGGUCUUCAUUCGACAACACUUGCAAGGUUUCUUCGUUACAAUUUUGAUUGCUGCUGUAAUGUUCAAGUCAAAUGAUAUUCUACGGAAGCAGACAGCGCUCAAGGGGGAGAGAAAGGUUACUUUUCUUGCAGGAAUUGGUGUAGUCUUCAUACUUCAUGUAGUUGGUGUUUAUUGGUGGUUUCGGAAUGAUGAUCUUCUCCAUCCUCUGGUUAUGCUUCCUCCAAAAGCAAUACCUCCUUUCUGGCAUGCUAUAUUCAUCAUCAUGGUCAAUGACACGAUGGUGCGGCAGGCAGCAAUGAUCUUGAAGUUGGCACUGCUGAUAUAUUACAAAAAUAGCCGAGGUCGCAACUACCGUAGGCAGGGUCAAAUGCUUACUUUGGUGGAGUAUCUAUUGCUACUAUACCGUGCCUUGAUACCAACUCCUGUUUGGUAUCGCUUCUUUUUGAACAAGGAAUAUGGAAGCCUCUUUUCAUCCCUAACCACAGGCUUAUACCUUACUUUCAAGCUGACAUCAGUUGUUGAGAAGGUCCAGAGUUUCUUUGCUGCAUUAAAGGCAUUGUCACGUAAAGAGGUUCAUUAUGGGUCUUAUGCCACAUCUGAACAGGUUAAUGCAGCAGGUGAUCUGUGUGCUAUAUGCCAGGAGAAGAUGCAUGCACCGAUCUUACUUCGUUGUAAACACAUUUUCUGUGAAGAUUGUGUAUCAGAAUGGUUCGAGAGAGAAAGAACAUGCCCAUUAUGCAGAGCCUUGGUUAAACCAGCAGAUCUCAGAUCAUUUGGCGACGGAUCGACCAGUCUGUUCUUCCAAUUAUUUUGAGGGAUGGCCUCUGAUACUACUUGCCACGGAUAAAAUUCAAAGAGCUCUUCUUCUUGGUUCUUUUGAAUGGAGAACCGUUUAACAGAGCAGCUACAAAACCAACACUUCUUAUGAUGCAUCUGUUUACCAACUUGCGUAAUUGCAGGUGUAUUUUGCAAGCUCUGCUGUUCUCUCACGUUAUUGUGUAACACCGGGUUAUAUGAUGUAGUUAAGGCUAGUUCCUUCAAAACCAAAAAAUGGGACUGGCCUUAUGAUUAUAUGUUAUUGGAGAGGGAUUUUGAACUACGGACAAAUAUCAUAUACAGACAAAAGGCUUACAGAAAAAUGAAGAAAAAUUAUCCUCCUCGGAUUAACCUCAUCUCUGAAAUAUUUCUUGCUACUCUUUACUACGAGUAUUUAAGUUAAGUUGAUGUUUAGUUACACUGCUAACAAUUAUGUAUAUUUAUGCUGGAAAGUACAUUAUCAAGGAAAACACUCUUUAAGUUCAGUUUUUCAUUCAGCACACUGGAUUUCAAACUACCUUGAUAAAAUGUUAAGUUCAAGUGGGAAUGCAUUAAUAAACCACUUAUUAGUAUGGA